CGCGCACGAACCCACUCGACGACCACCGAGACAGAAACACAAUAUUUCUCCUUUAACUAAAACUUCCCGGAAUCAGCGAUGGCGAUGGAAGGCUUAGAAAUGAACGGAGAUGCUGACCAUAACGGAGACACGGAGGUUCCACUGCGCGGUCCUACGAGGCAGCGGACGAGGCCGUUGAACAUGAACCACUACGCCAACAAGAAGAGCGUGGCAGAGAGCAUGCUGGACGUAGCUCUGCUGAUGGCCAACGCGUCGCAGCUGAAGGCCGUGAUGGAACAAGGGCCUAACACCUCCUUCUACGUGCCACUCAUCGUCCUCAUCAGCGUCUCCCUCCUCCUGCAAAUCCUGGUUGGGAUUCUGCUCAUUUUCAUCGUCAAGUGGAACCUGAACGACCAGCGCAUGCACAACAGGCUGAACAUCAUGGAGAACGCCGCCACCGCCUUCGUGUUCAUUAUCGUGGUGGUCAACGUCUUCAUCACGGCCUUCGGCGUGCAGCGGCCCAACACCAGCCAGUGACCUCUGAACUCUUCGCUCACGGGGGCGAGAUAGUCCCUCGCCCCGCAAACAAAGCGGACUAAAUACACGAGCGGCGGCUGGAAUUUGACCUCGCUGGCCCGAGCAGAGCAAAGGUACAUCAAGGAUCACACGUCUUCCUCUCUGGCGGCGGUCAGUAUGAUUUUUCUUUUUUAACCUUUUGAUGCUCAUUUCAUGCUCAGGUGACUGUUACGCAACAACUGCCUUCUUUAUCGUACAUGUGUGCAGUAAAAACUCUUCUAAUUGUUUAUCACAAGCCAGUAAAUCUCCAGCUUGGUUCUUAUUGGCCAAAUACAGUGGAACCCGCUUAUGUCGACUAUAAAGUGCCUGCUUAAAGGACUACUGAAAUGAAAUUUUUUUAUUUAAACGGGAAUAGCAGAUCCAUUCUAUGUGUCAUACUUGAUCAUUUUGCGAUAUUGCCAUAUUUUUGCUGAAAGGAUUUAGUAUAGAACAACGUCGAUAAAGUUCGCAACUUUUCGUCUCUGAUAAAAAAAAAACCUUGCCCCUACCGGAAGUAGCGUGACGUUGUCAGUUGUUCACUCCCUCAUAUUUUCCUAUUGCUUUCAACGCAGCUAGAGCUAUUCGGACCAUUACCCCAUUAAUUUGAGCGAGGAUGAAAGAUUCGUGGACGAGGAACGUUAGAGUGACGGACUAGAAUGCAGUGAAAUACAUGUUUUUUUUUCGCUCUGACCGUAACUUAGGUACAAGCUGGCUCAUUGGAUUCCACACUCUCUCCUUUUUCUAUUGUGGAUCACGGAUUUGUAUUUUAAACCACCUCGGAUACUAUAUCCUCUUGAAAAUGAGAGUCGAGAACGCGAAAUGGACAUUCAGUGCCUUUUAUCUCCACGACAAUACAUCGGCGAAACGCUUUAGCUACGAGCUAACGUGAUAGCAUCGUGCUUUAACUGCAUAUAGAAACAAAAAAAAAUAAACCCCUGACUGGAAGGAUAGAUAGAAAAUCAACAAUACUAUUAAACCGUGGACAUGUAAAUACACGGUUAAUGCUUUCCAGGCUGGCGAAGGUUAACAAUGCUGCGCUAACGACGCCAUUGAAGCCUACUUAGCAACCAGACCGCACAGAGCUAUGCUAAAAACAUUAGCUCUCCACCUACGCCAGCCAGCCUUCAUCUGCUCAUCAACACCCGUGCUCACCUGCGUUCCAGCGAUCGGCGGAAGGACGAAGGACUUCACCCGAUGCGUUUGGCGGCCCGGAGACGUAGGAAGUCAAGGUGAGGUCGCCGGCUAGCGAGUCUGCUCUCCAACAAAGUCCUCCUGGUUGUGUUGCUGUAGUCCGCUGCUAAUACACCGAUCCCACCUACAACUGUCUUCUUUGCAGCCUUCAUUGUUCAUUAAACAAAUUGCAAAAGAUGUCCAGAAUACUGUGGAAUUAUGAAAUGAAAACAGAGCUUUUUGUAUAGGAUUCUACGGGGUACCAUAACUUCCGUUUAACUGACUACGUCACGCGCAUACGUCAUCCUACCGCGACGUUUCAGACGGAUAUUUCCCGGGAAAUUUUAAAUGUCACUUUAUAAGUUAUAAGUAUUGGCAUGUGUUGCAAUGUUAAGAUUUCAUCAUUGAUAUACAAACUAUCAGACUGCGUGGUCGGUAGUAGUGGGUUUCAGUAGGCCUUUAAGUCAACAUACAUGGUGAACAGCUUUUGUGUGAGGUUAUUAUUAUUAAUAUUACUUUGAAAAACUGGUUUAUUUGUGUUGUAGUACUGCUAACGCUAUUAUAUAUAUAUAUAAUAGCACAUCACAACCACUGUACUGUUUAGUAACUUCAACCUUCAGAAAAAUGCUUCAUUACUUUCAGGACGAUACAUGGACUUACAACUAGUUGAAUGACACCUCUGUCAUUGCCUGAGGGGUCUGUAUUGCAUUUUCCUUGCAAUUAGCAACAUUGAGGAGGGUGGCAGGAACAAAAAACUACAAAUGUGCUGACUUGCUUUACGGCAGGGGUGUCAAAGUCAAGGCCCGCGAAUGAAUGGCCCCCGGGAUGAUAUUUGAUUAGUAUUAGAACCGGCCCGCAGGCCACAGCCGCCUGCUGCUGUUUUGCACGCACCAAUACUCCAUCAGUGUUGGCGCUAGGAAUUUUCUAAAUGGAGUCCCAGGGACCCCAUCAAGUCAUAAAAAUGGGGUCCCACAGUAAUUUUUUGGGGGUCCCACUUUUUUGUAAGCGUUUUGAAAACAAAUGAUAAAUGUAUGCAUUAUCCUGUUAUAUCUCACAUUCUAUGUUGUGUUUUGGAAAAAAGCUGUCCUAAACGUUAAUUCCUUUAAAAAAAAUACAAAAGAAAAGACAUUUUUAUGCAUAUGUAAAUGUAUUCAGUUAUAAACAUUCAUUUACUUUCUUCUUUUCUUAAUGAAUAUUUUUUUCCUGCCGAACGCCUGCGUGCCACCAGAAAACAAGAAGAACACCUACCUGCAAUUACUGCCAUCAUGGCCGAAGCUCCAAAACAACCAAAGAAACAAAAAGUUUUUUCUGAGGAGACAAAAAAGGAAAACGGAUCUUACCCGGAUAAAUGAAAAGUCAGGAUCAACAUUGCCCCGGCUUUCACUCGCUGGCGUGAGCUCAAAGAUGAGCACAUUUCAGACCAAUGGUGCCUUGGCUCUGUUCCUGUUGGACUAGUAAGUGACUUUCAAUGCUUAAAUCAAAAAGAUAAUAAUAAUUUUAGCAAUCAGAAAUUUGCGAGGAAGCUAUAAAUACCGACCAGUGUGAUAGUUCCACUACUUCUUCCUUCAAAAAAAAUGUCCAGCUGGUGUUGAGACCGGCAUCUGCUCCGAUACGUUCUUGGUAGUAGCGUCAUGUUUGAAGCACAAUCCAAGAUCAUUUCUUGAUAGUGUCUGCUAUUUAACAUCACAAUAGCUAUUAGAGACGUAAUAUUGUGUCAAUAUCAUGGUGGACAUCGUGUCAGUAUGACGCUUUAUGGGAAAUGUGGUCUUCUUCUGGCAAAACACGACCGCUUUGGUCCACUGGUGGUGCCAAAAUCAACCAAAACCGUAAGUUCCUAAAUGGGGAUUUAAAAUGUGCACGUGGUGACUUCCUGUUCAGUGCAAAAUAAGCUUCAAAAUAAAUCAUGAACCUGAACUCUACCACAACUAACAAAAUGCACCCAUUCAAUUAUAGUACGGCUAUAAAAUGAUUAAUUCGGGGUAAAAAAACAUCUGAUUAAUCACACUUGAAUACUCGUGAUUAAUCGCAGUUACUUACAUAAUUGAAAUUAACUUUAAAAAGAGCCUAAUAUUUUUGACACAAAUGCAGUUUUAUUAUCAGAAUGUUGCAGUAACUUUUUAAAAAAUGUCUUGCUUAAAUGCACGUCAUAUAUUUGUUCAAAAUAAAUUGAAUGAUUAAUUUGCAUUUAUACGUGAUUAAUGCGAUAUUUUUUGUGAUUUAUCACAAGGGUUAACUUUAACACUUUUAACUUAUUUAGGCGGAAGUCAUCAGGCGAGAUAAGCGGGUUGCAUUGUAAACAAUUCAACAAAACCACUUUUUUGAAAAGCAACAACCAAAAGUUGAAUAAAAGGUUAAAAUAAAAAUAUGCUUUGUCACCUUUAACACAAAGCUGACAGUUUUUUUUUCUUGAAAUAUUUGUAGUUUCUUACUUUUAACAUAUUAUUGACAUGGGUUUUAACCCUGUGAUGCAUAAUGUGCACAACAGUGUAUUUAAAAGCUCCCCCUCCUUCAUGCACGAGACUUUAAUGUCAAAAAUCUGACAAACUUUUCGAACAUGUUGAAAAGAGAAACUGGAAAUGGUGACAUAUCAUGUAGUAAUUGUAUGCAUGUUGGAAAUGAAGUCCAACUCAACUCAACAGUGGACACUGUUGUGUCUUGCAAUAAUAACACACUGCCACCCAUUGGUCAGCUGUUACACGUGCAAAAUAAAACCCCUCAAAAACAAGAUGGACGACAGAGAAGUCAAGAAGAGGGCAGGACGAUCUUUUCCACUUCUUCUAUUCCAGGACACUUUGCAAGUAUCAAAUAUGCAGACAUCAAGCAACAACUAAAGAGUAAUAUCAUUUUAUUUUUGAAUAAAUUAUGUGUCCACUAAUUUGGACAUUGUUAGAUAUAUGUUCACUGCCAUGUUUAAUAUUAUUGCACUUUGUGGUUUUUGAAAGUACUUCAGCAACUUUUUGGCUGCAUUACAUGAAUUUAUGUUAUUAGAAUGUACAUUUAGCCUUCAGUAGAAAGAGGCAAUUCAAUAAAUGUAUUCUUGAAGUCAAGAGGAUCGAUGUUUUUGCAAUAUGUUGAAAUAUUUGAACACACUGUUAAAGAUCAUUAAAAAGACAUUGUGUUUUGUUGCAUGUAAUAAAACAUGUUGUCCACCCUUGUGAACAUUGACCAUAUUUUUUUUAAUUAAGUGUAUCUACUGUACGUUUUUAUGCCUCUGACAUAGGUUAUGAUAAUUCAUGCAUCACAGGGUUUUAUAUCAAAAUAAUUUUGAAUAUCCCCUGCUGUAAAGUUUGGACACCUGUAAACUAUGAAGUCAUGAGUAUUAUAUCAAACGUCAUCCAUGCAGUUUUUGCCUUAUUGCAAACUAAAGAACAACAAAUGCACUUUGCCUCUUCUCUUCACAAAGCUUGAUCAACAUUCUAAGCAUCUUCCCAGUUACAUGAUUUAUUCUGUACUAUGCAACCACUGCUGUACAUUUGUGUUACGUGUCUUCUGUUCAACCACUUGGAUUAUCUGCUUACUUUUUUACAAUUGGGAUUUCUACUAUAUGACGUAUUACACACUGUGACAACUGUUUUAAAUUAAAAUACAAU